UCCCGCUGCCUGCCUCCAUGGUCAGAUGCUCAGAGACCUGAGUGUCGACUACAUAGAGGUUUUUGCUUUGGAUUGUUGUUAAUAGAUAGACAGUGCUGCCAGAAAGGGCUUGUGUGAGGUGAGAGGAUCAGAUCAUCGAGCCUUUUGAGGAGUUUACAAUAGGGCACAAAUUAUGGACUAUAAAACUGGAAGGUAAAGAACAAAUUCCUUAUUGUUUUGGAUGAAGGCCAACUAAAAGGCACAAUGCCUUAGGAGCUACCAGCUGUCGAAAAUCCUGACUGAGGGCCCCAAACUCUGGGUCCUGUAGCUCCGGCAGCAGGCAGGGUGUAUCAUUUUGAGGUCUGUGUUUGCAUGAAUGACUGAACAAAUGAGGACAGAGCUCCUCGCCUACGACCCUGCAUUAUGACUUCAGUUAAGAAGCGCCGCUCAGGCCGAAAGAGUGGCGGUCAUCGUAAGCACAGCGAUGGAGGCUACAGCGACACCUCAAGUAGCGGGUCCUAUCCGGAUGAGACUGACCGUGAGGUCAGCAACCUGACAGAUCGAGCAUUCAGGAGUCUCUGCAUUGGAGAUGAGGCGGUUUAUAAUGACUCAGACCUCUGUCCGUCUUCUCCCUGCACCCAGAGAGACAGACAGCUGGCCUUUAGUCAGAGUGGCCAGAACAGAGACGGAGAGGACAAAGAGAGGGAGGAACUUAAAAGACCUGCACAUGAAAGCUUCAGCCUCAGGAUGCAGCAGUAUGGACAGGACAGGAUCCAUGGCAGAAUAUAUGAGGCUGAGAUUCAGAGAGAUCCACAGUGGGAGGUUGAUGGGGAAAGGACACAAGGGAGGGUUUCUGCCACAUUCCAGCACUCCUUUGUGGAAAACUCUCAACAUGAAGAGCCUCUGGGGGAAGAACAGUCUUCCUUCCUCAGCAACGGAGCCACAGAGUUGAGUACGCAGCAACGCAGAAGCCGCUCCAGAGUUUCUUCUCUGAUCAGAGCUUUUAACUCUGAGGGACGGGAUGGAGCAGGGAUGGAUGGUAAAGUCAGAGAGUGGAAUGAUGAGACAAGCUGGGACAAAUCAGCUCUGAUGAGUAUCCAAAGGGAAAUUUCUGAGUUAUCUACGUCUUACCAGCAAAACUUUAACAGUGGUCAUUUCCCCUCAGCUGGCCCAUUCUCAUCCCCGGACACCAACUUCUACUCCUCUGAAGUAGCAGCAGCGGCUCACAUGAAUUCUGCAUCCUCUUUUAUGAGAUCUUCCCACAGUACACACAGCAUGUCCGAGCAGUUCGACUGUAACUCUAACUUCUUUAUACACAGUGAGUUUAGUCCCUUCAAGGUAUGGAGGGACCAUAACAGGUUUCCCUUCCAACAAGCUGAAGUCUCAGGGUUUAUGCACUGUUCAGAGUUCCCUAAAUGGUAUGAGACACCAAUGUACAGGGAGCUUUCACUGGAUGCCCAACCACAGGGUCCUUAUCGUUUUGAUGAGAGAGGUGUCAGACACCCAAGGAAUACCUUGGCGCCUGUGGUUCCUCCCAGUCUUCCACGCUCCACCUCAGCAUCCACAAUAAUGCAGAAAGCUUCAGCUGUGGAGAAACGCUGUGAGUCAGACUUGACGGGUCAUUACCCCCACAGGACGUGGAUGCAGAGCCUGGGAACUAAAAGGUUCCCGAUGCAACGGUCAUCAACUGCAUCACCUACCAGCGAGAUGGCUCGACGUGUUCAGGACACCAUCAGCUCCGUCAAAGCCCUUCAGCAAAAAAUCAAAAUGAUGACAGAGCAAAAUAUCACAACAGGGAUAACAGCAAAUCAACAAGGAGUGCAUUGUAGCAGCAAUAAUUUAAAUCAUUUGAGCAACAAUGCAAUAAUAGUGGAACCAAAUGCUGUCAGUAGUAGCACAAGCACGACUCCCUUCAACAUCAGCCAGUUGCUCACACCUUUAGUCAAUGCACAUCAUGAAGCAGAGACGCCAGAGGUCCGGCAGUCUGCAGUUUCCCCUCAACCUAUGGAGCAUCCUCCAGUGCAAGCAGAAAGCAGGGGAGCAACUCCUGAUGUUAGGAUGUCCAGCUACAAAUCCAGGGCCACGGGCCUACUCUUUAAUCUCAAAGACAACCGGAAAAGAGUAAAAAGCACCUACAGUCCAACCAAAUUUAAAGGAUUGGAGACAAUGGAGAAAAACAAACAGUACUCUACCCAGGAGCCUAGAGACACUGUGAUAGACAUCCCUGAUUUUCCGGAUCCAGACUUUCAACUACUCCAGGUAGAGGGUUCCAGCACGACAAAUGCUGCCUCAACGCAAUACGUAAACCAGUAUUAUAGCCCUGGAUUGUUUACAACACCAAAUUCUCAACCUGCACAUACAGGCCUAUAUUCAGAAUACACAUCAAGUGAUUACCAGAGAGCUCAGAUGCAAAGUGAUAUGGUUAAUCCCUCUGGAUUCACUGGCUUAAUACCUGAAAAUUAUGCCAGUUAUCGUCCCGCUAAUGGACAGAAUCUCCAUGAAGACUUAUCGUCAUUUACUCCCUAUAAGCAAGCCAUGAUUGAUAAUGUAGAAACUCUGGGAGGAGACCUAUACAGGUUUAAACCAUCUUAUACAGCUACAGAAAUACCAAUGCUAAAUGCUGACAGCAAUCAACCAAGAGCAUAUUUAAUAAGUAAGGCAAAUGCUGAACAACAUUUUAAUGAAACAGUGGGAAGGGACUUCACAAAGGUGGAUAGAUGUCAGCAGCUCAAAGAAAACAAACAAGAUUACAGUAAUGUGUCCUCACAGGAUAGGUGGAGACAAACUAUCUGCCAAGACACAGAAAAUCUCAGUCUGAAAGCCGUCUCUCCAUGGAAACAAGAGAUAACCGCUUUAAUGGAAAAAGACCAACAUGCACAGGCUUACCAAAGAGCAGACGCGAUAAAGGAGGAAGCAAAAUCACCAAGUAACAAAUACAGAGGAGAAAAUCGGCAAAGUAUAAAUAAAGAACUUGAGAAAAUAGAGUUUAGGGAGAGUUUUGGUGUUGGUACAAAUUCUCAUAAAAAGGCUGAGUUGGUCAAUACUAACAUUUCAAACCAACUGCCACAAAAUGCACCAUUUAGUAAUGAUACUGCUGAAAAACCAGCAUAUUAUGGACAACAGCAACCAGGAACUUUAAAGGACAAAUAUCUACUUCUGAAGUAUAAUGGACACAUUAAGGAAGAUGAAUUGAAGGAUAAUUAUUUGACACAGAAGUAUAACAGAUAUACUGAUCAAGAAUACAGAAACCAACACAUAUUGUAUUGUAAUGAAGACAAAAGUAUGCUCUCGCAAGACACACGUCAGAAAAAACAAAAUACGCCGAUUCCAAAGGUGUAUGAAAUGCAAAGUCUUCAGCCAAUAGAAGCUAAACCACAGCUUGAAAAUAAUGUGCAGAAAAAAUCUUUAUCAAACCCUGACAAUGCCUCGGCCCCCAUAAUGGCAAACCAGAUCAAAGACAGACAGUUUGCUGAGGUCAGGACUGAACAGGCCAUGGCAGAGCAUAUAAAGGCACAACACGCCCAAGCAGAGCUGGCAAAGACUCAGCACUGGGCUCAAGUGGAGCAGCCCAAAGCAGAGUCGGCUAGGUUAAUUUUAGCAGGGCAGACUGGUUCAGAGAAAGUCAAAGAAGACCAGGCCAAAGCAGAACUAACAGAGGAGCCUAGAAAUAUUACAGAGGAAGUAAAUGCCGAGCACUUGAGAGAAGAGCGUGGUGAGCAGUUCAAAAAAAGGGCAGCACUGAGGAUGGAUGCUCUCCAGUACUAUGCCAUCACCUCAACAGAAUCAGAGAGGAAACCCAGAGAAAGACAGCUAUGCUCCCCUUUACCUCCUCAACAAAGACACAAUCCAUCAGGGCUUGGGUCAAUUGAGGACUCAGGAUCCCACACUAGGCCUCAUAGGUCACAUGCUCCUCCAUCUCCAGCUCCAUCUCUGCCCCGCUCCAACACCUCAUCUCCUGCUCUGGGAGCCAAGCCCUUAAUGUUCAGGGUGAAGGAUAACACCAUUAGAGGUUCCUCUUUCACCAAGUCAGUCAAACCACGCUUCCAUAAGAACUUUGGGGAAGAUUUCCGUGUAGGUUCACCUCUGGAAAGGGGGUCGGAGAGAGAAGAGGAUGAGCAAGAGAUAAUGAGACGUACUGCUGGAACUCCUAUCUAUCCUGACACAAGGUCAGCACAGGACUACUCAGCCCCUCUCCUGCAACAUAAGCCUUACUCCAGGAGGAGCAUCGCCCUGGAUGAAGACGACUCUCGCUCUGUCAUCAGCAAUAUGUCAGAGGGUGGGGAGAGUUUUGCCACCAGUGCAGCAGACCUGGCAGAUAUACGAGGCCCGUAUGACUACGAGAGGCCAGAAUCAGCCUGUAGUUUCAGCAGCGAUGUCUCUCGUUAUUUGGGCAAGCCUCCAUCUGUUCCCCAAAAGAGUGAGAAAGCCUUGCGCAGAGCGCAAAGGUUGACUACUCGGAGGAUCAAAAAGGAGUUGUCCAAAAAUCCAGCCAACAGCCAUGCUGGAGUUAAGAAAUCUCUUCAAGAUGUCUCCAGAAUUCCUUCAUCCUCCUCCAUUGAGGUAAGAUCCACCAGCUGCCAAGCUCUGACUUCCCAUCAUUUUUCCUCACCUGUCUCCCUUGCUCAUGCUCCAACAUUGGGGCCUAGCUUUCCGUCUUCACACACAGAGCACCAAUCUUCUCACAGCUCUUUCUAUGCUUCCCCUCAUACCACUGGUCCUAUCUCCCUCCCAGUUGCUUCACCUCAUGCUACUGCCCUUAUUUCCCUCCCUGAUUCCUCGCCUAAAGCUACUGGCCCUGCUUCCCACACUGCUGGUCUUAAGACAGUUGCUCAUGUUCCCUCUUCUCCAACUCACCAUCAUGACAACCACCAAGCUCCAGUGGCACAGUACCAUGUAGAGUCAAGCUACCCCCAUUCCUACCCACUGACGCAACGUAAGGUGCUGCAGGACCUCGGCUCUGGUCAGUAUUUUGUGGUGGACGUGCCUGUUCAAGUGAAAACUAAGACUUUCUUUGACCCAGAGACAGGAAAGUAUGUCCAGCUAAAUGUGCGCCAGUCUGGCCAGAACACCGCCCGAACCCAGCCCCAGCAGACAUACCCACAACCUCAGCUCCAACCCCAAAUGCAAGUCAAGCUUCAACAGCAGCCCCAGGCCUCUCCAGCUAGCAAGUCCUGUGGGCUUUAUCAAGGCAACCAUGGUUAUCCCCAAGACUACCAACCUCAAACUAUCACCUCUGUGCCCUGUGGGUCAUCAGCCCCACUGACUCUCCACCAGGACCAACAGCCUGUCGGGGAGAGCCACGGCUACGGAUAUCCAGCCCAUGAAAUGGGACAGAAAUCUGAAGGGCAUCGCUACAGUCCAGAGAAGACUCCAUACAUGGACACAGUUAAUGACAAAGACAAACCAUAUAACACAGUUUACAACACACAUGGACCAAAUGAGUGGCUCCCAGAGAGUGACACAAACAGCCAGCUUGCAGGAAGCUCAAUUUGUGAAAAUGAUAACUCAGCCCACUCACAAUGUCAGCCCCGAGAUAUAAUAACCAUGUGUGAACUGGACGACUUUAUGGAGAUGUCCGACUGGUGA